CCGGCCGGGGAGAGCGGGAGCGUACUCGGACGCGGAGGAGCGGGGAAUGUGCCCGACCGAGGGGCCGCUGUGCUGUGCUGUGCUGCUGUCUGGGCGCGGUGGAAGCGCCGAGCUGCCUCCCCGCCCGGUGCCGGGUCGCGCCGGGGCAGCGCUGUGAGGGGAGUCGGGGCUGCCCCGCGGGGACAGGCCCGGGUCCCGCCCGGCCGCUGCCGCCCUCCGUGGUCCUUCGCUGCCAAACGUCUUCCCGGCCCAGACCGGGGACUCGACGUCUUUAGAAAAGGUGGCUGGUGUAAGAGAGAGACCUGCUGCUCCUGACGAUGUCGAGGAGAAAGCUGGAGAAUAAAAGCCUUUCUGGCUUGUUGGCCACAUCUCUGCACACACCAAUCAAGACAGAAAACUUCUACAAUUUUUAUGUGCUUGAAUCGAAAGAGCUAGGAAGAGGAAGAUGUGCUGUGGUUAGAAAAUGUGUAGCUAAAUCCACAGGCCAAGAGUAUGCAGCUAAAUUUUUAAAGAAAAGGAGAAGAGGUCAAGACUGCAAAGCAGAGAUUGUGCAUGAAAUUGCUGUCCUUGAAUUAAUGAAAUCCAAUCCUCGCAUAGUUAAUCUGCAUGAAGUCUAUGAAACAGCAAAUGAAAUCAUCUUAGUGUUGGAAUAUGCUGCUGGAGGAGAAAUAUUUGACUUGUGUGUCCCAGAUCUGGAUGACAGAAUUUGUGAAAGGGAUAUUGUAAGGCUUAUAAGGCAAAUACUUGAAGGACUUUGCUGCUUGCAUGAAAACAAUAUUGUUCAUCUGGAUUUAAAGCCUCAAAAUAUUUUGCUGAGCAGCAUCAAUCCUCUUGGCGAUGUAAAAAUUGUGGAUUUUGGGAUGUCCCGGAAGCUUGAGAAUUCCAAUGAACUGCGGCAGAUCAUGGGAACCACAGAGUAUCUCGCUCCAGAAAUCUUGAACUAUGAUCCUAUUACCACAGCUACAGACAUGUGGAACAUCGGUGUCAUCUCAUACAUGCUGCUGACACAAGAAUCUCCAUUUGUGGGAGCUGAUGUUCAAGAAACUUACCUUAAUAUAUCUCAAGUUAAUGUGGAUUAUUCAGAAGAAACAUUUUCAUCAGUUUCACAGCCUGCAAAAGACUUCAUUCAAAAACUUCUCAUAAAAAAUCCAGAGGACAGGCCCACUGCAGCGGACUGUCUGUCCCAUUCGUGGCUGCAGCAAGAGGAGCUCACGCUCCUGUGCAGCCCUGAAGAGGUUUGCUGCUCCUCUCAGCUGCCAGGACACAUAGCCAAGUGCUCAGAAGAGUGGAGUGUAAAAUCCAGCUGCAGUGGGAGCUGCAGUGACAAGGAGGACAAGGAGAACAUCCCAGAGGACAGCAGCACGCUCUCCAAACGCUUCCGCUUCGACGACUCAUUGCAGUAUCCCCAAGACUUGGUGACAGACUUUGUGUGCUAAUGUAGAACGCAGACUUUUCAUGGAAUGAGUUCAGAGUAAUCUGUUCCAGUGGUGAAAAAAAGGUUCUGGCUUGCCAAUUCGUGCAGCAUUGGCAUACUGGAAAUGCACUUUGAUUCUUUUAUGCUGGUGCCUCCUUUUGUAUCCAUUGCUGGCAGUGGAUUUAACUCCUGAGGAAUUGGAGUUGUUGCGCCAAUAAAAUGAAUUAUUUUUUUUAAGAAGAUAUAAUUAAAUAUUUUUGCACUUUUCAAGUUCUAGUCAAAGGAUGAUGCUAGAGUGAACAAACUGAAACCUGCAAAUGAAUUGAAGCAUAGCCUUUGCCAAACAGUGGUUUGAACACAUGCAUGCUUUUAGGACGACUCUUAGUAAGAGAUUGGGAAGGGAAGCAGGGAAGCUGAACCUUGCUGGUUUACUGGAGUUGCUUGCUACCAUUCUCACCACUUUGAAUAGAGGCUAAAUUUGGUAUGUUUUGGGACUACGGUACAUCUGUUGAGGCCAUUUGGAAACCUGUUUUACCUCUAGGAUCACUAGUAGUUCUGCCUUAUGGAUCUGUCCACUUGGGCAUUAUAAUGCAUAUUCUGUGUGGUUAUGCUGCGUUGGAACUCUGCAACACUUGGCAUAGAAAACAGGUAGAUUGUCAGUCCUUGUGCUUAUGGUCCUUGGUUCUUACCAUAAAUUACAUUUGAAGAUGAGGUUCCUAUACUGAUGUGAAUAUUUGAACUGGGUGGUUUGCUUUGAUCAAACCUCUGAAAUAGUAUAAUCUACCUGUACUGAUUUUUCCUUAUCUUAAAAAAAAACAAACCCAAAACAAUCCCCCCAAACAAGCCCCAAAACACAAAGCCUCUAGUUAAAAGAGUAAACUGAAAAUAACCAUUUUUGCCAGUGAAACAGCAAUUAACAGUUUUUCUCUGUGCCCUCUAAUGUAAAAGUGUAUCUUGCUGUCAAUUAGUUGUCCAUAAUUACUCAGCUUCAUGCCUGCUCUGAGAAAUGGACUGCAGUGUGUUAGUAUUUCAAGAAAAACUGCCUAACAAUUGUUUUAAGCCUUUAAAAUUGGUUUGGUUAGUGGUAUUUUUUAAAGUUCUGUGCCUUCCACUUUCACUUGUUUCUGGCUCUGAGGUAAUAAUGCCUGUGUCAAGUUUUGUCUUAAAGCAAAUGCCAGUUGUGCCUUAACAACCUGAAAGUAAUACUCAUAAAAUAAGCCCCUUAAUCAUAACAGAGGCUGUGAGCCUUUUUGGGCAGUGAAUUUAUUAAAACUCUUAGCGAUAUUUUGAAAGUAAAUGCCACUUUAAAAUAUUUCAAGAUUUUCCACUCCUCAAAGCUUAAAUUUAAUUGUCUUUGAAUUGGAUUUGUUUUCUGUAAUAAAAUACCACAAUCUGAUAAUCUU